AUGUCACUGAGGUUGUUCCUGGUCCACAAGACCGCUUGCAUUUGGUCGUACCCCGUGAGUCUUUGCUUUGACCCUUGAUCGAUCGAUGGAUCGAUCGUGCUCGCCGACCCUUCACGGCGGGCGAGGCAGUUCCAGCAAGCGGCUGACGACUCGAUCCUCGCCUUCACUCUCCACACUAGCCUCCACUCUUCCGUAGUCUUCCGUCACCUCGGAUCGACGCUCAAGGUCGAUCUCACAUUCGGAUCGAAGGAGGUCCACGGUAUCCUAAACAUCAGUGAGUAGCAUGUACUCUAAUCAUGUGGUACGAGGUAACUUAUUUCUAGUGUACGUUUUCAGCUGCACACGGUCUCCAAGCCAUGAGUCCCACCUCGGUCGACAAGGUCCCCUUUUGUUUUCUGUUAAUUUCGAAUUGGUUACACCUCGGAACUCUAUGUUGGCGGUGCUAAGUGGCAGGCGACUCGUCCUUGAUUAGCCUAGUCAGAUCCGACUCCUCAUUGAGCCUCCCUCGUGAACCCUUUUCUCGUAUCCCUAGUGUUUCCUUUUGUGGUUUGUAGUUUCGAGUGCACGCAUCGAGACGCGCAUGCACCACGGAUUUGAAAUUCGAGUCCACGUCUCGCCCGGAUCGUGCCUGCGGUUCACUACCGGGCAAGAUGGCAUUGGCAAGUGUUCAAGGUGCAUGGAACACGGUCAGUCGCAUGCGCUCGUUCUCGCUCUUCAGGAUCUCGUUCUUAGUGGCAGGCUGACACUCGUCUCUCGCACUCUGCUGCACUGCUACUGCCUCACGCCCUUGCGAGUCAUCUCGCUUCGCUCCGACUGACCUGCCCUCCCGACUGCCGCUGCGCCUUGGCUCGGACAUGAUCGCGGCCGUCUGGGAAUGAUGGCGCGUACAGCUCUCGGGAUCCGAAGCAGGCCAAGCAACCUCGCAGCUCGUACAGACUGAUGAUUCAGCUUUCAAGUUCCUCGAUUUGACCCGGACACAGCGACUCUAUGGCUUUGGUCAGUCGUCCGCUCCCGCCAAGGACUGGUGCUCUCCCGUAGUUGCGCGGCCCGUCGCGUCGCGGCGCGUCUGUCGAACACGUCACUCGCACCAGCCAAGGCAGGCCGAACCCGACAGCAGAUCGCUGAUACACGGCAAUAUGCAUCGCAGGCUUUUGUUUGGUCGCUGGAUGUGCUCUGGCCGUUGUCGGUGCCAUCCUCUUCGCACUUGUACGUCAUUCGAGUCUUGUGAUGCGUGGCAGGCCAGUACUCAUCGCCUUGGCUUGACUCUCCGACCGUCGCACACGCACACACGAACAGGGCCAAGUCACUCUCUUCGCGAGUGAGUCCUACGUUAACCAGAUGAUCGAGAAGUGUGAGACUGAUCUAUGAACGAGCUUUUGACAGCUUUCUAUGUACUCGGUGUCAUCAUCUCGCUGGUCGGCACCGGCUUCUUGGUCGGCGUGAGUUCGACAUGUCUAUUUUAGGCCGUGUCGACUUCAAGUCUGAUUCCGUCAUACCCUGUCUUUCAUGUAGUUCCAAAAACAGUUCAAGAUGAUGAUGGACCCCGUCAGGAUAUGGGCAGCCGGUGAGAGCGCAUAUUGUAGAUAUCAAUUUCUCGCUCGUGUGGUAAGCUAACUUGGGUUGCUGGGCUUCUUCUUCUAGGUCUCUUCCUACUCUUCAUCGCCUUGACGGUACGCUUUUCUAUGAAGGCACUAAAUGUUGUCUACAUCAAGCCAGCUCAUCCUCGCUCUCUCGUCCUCAGCUCGUCUUUGCGUUUGCCAUCCGGAUCCCGUACGUUCACGCCCCUUCGCGAUCGAGUCGUGAGCAAAGAGCUGACCUCUGACAUUCGACCUCCACCCAAACAGCAUUCUCGUCAUCGUCUUUGCGAUCUGUACAUUUUUGGCUUAUAUCUGUGAGUCUCCUUGUAUGGUCUAUCCUGGCUUCGGGUAAGUAUACUGACGCUCUCUCAUCGAUUCGCUUCCCACAGGGUAUACUUUGGUGAGCAUACGAUCCGUCCAAUUUAGUUGUCCGAGUUCCAACAAACAACAUCAACUGACCUCUCUAUCCCUGUCACAGUCAUACAUCCCCUACGCACGAGCAUUGGCGAAGAAGCUCAACCCGUUCUAA